AUAAAACCCAACUCUCCCUUCUCACAAUUCCUCCUCACUCUCUCUGUGCUAUUUCCAAAACCCUAAUUCUCUCUCAGCCGCAGGGUUUUGAACAGCUUCCGCCGCAUCCCCCAAUUUCUCAUUCCUCUCUUCUGUUCAUUAUGCCUAAAUCAAGCAAGAAAUCCGCUACCAAAGUUGAUGCUGCUCCUGUUGUUGUUUCUCCAGUGAAGUCUGGAAAGAAAGGCAAGAGGCAGGCUGAGGAAGAAGUCAAGGCAGUGAGUGCAAAGAAGCAAAAGGUAGAAGAGGUUGCCGCCAAGCAAAAGGCCUUGAAGGUAGUCAAGAAGGAGGAAAGUAGUUCGGAGGAAUCCUCUGAAUCUGAGGAUGAGCAACCUGUUGUAAAAGCUCCCGCUCCUUCAAAGAAGACCCCAGCUAAAAAAGGGAAUGUGAAGAAAGCCCAGCCAGAGACCACUUCAGAGGAAUCUGACUCUGACAGCUCCUCUUCCGACGAGGAAGAAGUGAAAAAACCCGUAUCUAAAGCUGUUCCAUCUAAAAAUGGGAGUGCACCUGCAAAGAAAGUUGAUACUUCUGAAGAAGAAGAUUCUGAAGAAUCUUCUGAUGAAGACAAGAAACCUGCAGCUAAAGCUGUUCCAUCUAAAAAUGGGAGUGCACCCGCAAAGAAAGCUGCUUCUGAUGAAGAAGAUACUGAUGAAUCUUCUGAUGAAGAUGAGGAAGAUGAGAAACCUGCUGCAAAAGCUGUUCCUUCCAAGAAUGGGAGUGUACCCGCAAAGAAAGCUGAUACUGAGUCUUCCGAUGAAGACUCUGAAUCUUCUGAUGAAGAAGAUAAGAAACCUGCAGCAAAAGCCUCUAAAAAUGUGAGUGCACCCACAAAGAAAGCUGCAAGUUCUUCUGAUGAAGAAUCUGAUGAAGAAUCCGAUGAAGAUGAAGAUGCAAAGCCCGUGUCUAAGCCUGCAGCUGUUGCAAAAAAGAGUAAGAAAGAUAGCUCAGAUUCUGACGAUGAAGAUGAUGAUAGCAGCUCUGACGAAGACAAGAAGCCUGUGGCUGCUAAGAAAGAGGUUAGUGAAUCGGAGAGUGAUUCGUCUGAUGACGAGGAUAAGAUGAAUGUUGACAAGGAUGGUUCCGACUCCGACGAGAGUGAGGAGGAGAGUGAGGAUGAACCAUCGAAAACACCUCAGAAAAAGAUCAAGGACGUGGAGAUGGUUGAUGCUGGCAAAUCUGGGAAAAAAGCUCCUAAUACCCCAGCUACACCAAUCGAGAACAGUGGCUCAAAGACAUUAUUUGUUGGGAACCUGUCCUUCAGUGUGCAACGUUCUGACAUAGAAAAGUUCUUCCAAGACUGCGGAGAGGUUGUUGAUGUACGUUUUUCUUCGGAUGAGGAGGGAAGGUUUAAAGGCUUUGGACAUGUUGAGUUUGCAUCUGCAGAGGCAGCCCAAAGCGCCCUUGAGAUGAAUGGGCAAGAACUGUUGCAACGUGCUGUCCGACUUGAUUUAGCUCGGGAGAGGGGUGCAUUUACUCCUAAUAAUAAUAGUAACUACUCAGCCCAAAGUGGUGGAAGAGGCCAGUCUCAAACAGUAUUUGUCAGGGGUUUUGAUAAGAAUCUUGGAGAGGAUGAGAUAAGAGCUAAAUUGAUGGAGCAUUUUGGUGGUACUUGUGGGGAACCUACAAGGGUGUCAAUCCCAAAAGAUUUUGAAUCUGGUUAUUCUAAGGGGUUUGCAUACAUGGACUUCAAAGAUUCUGAUAGCUUCAGCAAAGCUCUUGAACUUCAUGAAAGUGAACUUGAUGGUUAUCAGUUGUCAGUGGAUGAAGCAAAACCUAGAGAUAGUCAAGGUUCUGGUGGUAGAGGUGGAGGUGGAAGGAGUGGUGGUGGUCGAUUUGGUGGAGGUGGAAGAAGCGGUGGAUUUGGUGGUAGGAGUGGUGGAAGAGGUGGAGGUCGAUUUGGUGGAAGGGAUAGUGGCGGUAGAGGUGGUCGAGGAGGAAGAGGUGGUCGUGGAGGAUUCAAUAAACCAAGCUUUGCUUCUGAAGGGAAAAAGACUACUUUUGCAGACGACUAGUGUGGCAGUUUUGCAGCAUCUUAUCUUCCAUUUUUGGAUACUGAAAACUUAAUCUUAUGCUUUUUAUUAUUUUAUUUCUGUUAGUUUUGUUGCUCAGUUUUGGUAAUUUUAGUAAGAAUUGGUAAAGAUCUUGUGUAUCGGAAAUUUUUGUGAUUGAUGGUGUCAGUCAUACAUUAUGGAUAUUGGAAUUCCUGCAGCUAUCCUUACUUGCAGAUGUUUGGUUAAUUACAGAGUUGAAUCAUAUAAAUGUUAUUUUUAUUAUUUA